AUGGUAAGAGGACGUGGAGGAAUGAUUAGAGGUGGCCGAGGAGGUAUGGGUCGUGGCAUGGGUUUUCCACGGAAACAAUUUUUACCACGUCAUCCAUUUGAUUAUACAUUAUGUGAAGCUGCUUUUCCACGAGUUAAAUCUGCUCCUGAUGAAUCAGACUUUCAGACGGCCCUUCUGAAGAAAAAUGCUGACAUGUGCCCUACGCCAAAGGAACAAACUUCCAUCUUAAAUCUUGUUACUAAACUGCAAAGUGUUCUUGAUAACCUAAUUGUUGCACCUGGAACUUUUGAAGCUUGUCAAUUAGAAGAAGUAAGACAAGUUGGCAGUUUUAAGAAAGGCACAAUGAUAAAAGGCCACAAUGUUGCUGACAUUGUUGUUAUUCUCAAAACUCUGCCGACGAAAACAGCAGUAGAGGCUCUUGGAAGCAAAGUUAAUAACGACUUGAAAACUGUGAAUCCGAAAGAAAUGUUCAGGCUUAUACAAACUGAACGAGGUUUUGAUAUCGCAAUUAAUGAAGCAACUGUACGCGUAUUAAUAACGACAUUGCAUCAAAAUCUACGUAAGCUGGAAUCUGAUCAACAUUUAGAUGUCAAAAUUUGUCAAGGACAUCUCGCUGCUAUCAGACAUUCUCGCUGGUUUGAAGAAAACGCUCAUCACUCUAGUAUUAAAGUUUUAAUACGAUUACUCCGUGAUCUUAGAAGCAGAUUCGAAGGCUUGGAACCGUUGUCUCCGUGGAUGCUGGAUUUAUUGGCACACAAUGCCAUAAUGAACAAUCCUAGCAGGCAAGCAUUACCAAUAAACCAGGCGUACAAGAGAGUAUUGCAGUUACUUGCCUCUGGACUCUUUCUCCCAGGAUCUGCAGGUAUCUCUGAUCCGUGCGAAGGUGGUAAUAUACGCGUGCAUACCGCAAUGACCCUUGAACAACAAGAUCUCGUAUGUCUUACCGCUCAGACAUUGCUGCGCGUAUUAGCUCACGGUGGCUAUAGACCAUUGUUGGAAGGCACGAAUAAACUCGCGGUGGAAAUGAGCGUAUGGGCAGGUGGUGUUGUGGCAAGUCCGUUAGACAAAGCGUACGAACCUCCUACAGAGCAGGAGCAGCAGGAAGAUAUGGACGAAAGCAAUGAAGAGAUGAUAACAGAAAGUGUUUAAAUUUUCUUUAAGUUAAAAUUAGAGCAUAAAAAGUUUCUUUCUCUUAUGACAUGGAAUAUUUACUUUCUUAUCAAUGUUUCUUAUAAAAUGUAUUGUAUUUAAUAUUUGCACAUACAUUUUGACGGUAACAAAAAUCUCAGUUAACAUUUAAAAUUACACUUUUACAUGAUCGAUAUUAUGGACAAUGCAUUAGCGAAACCGAAUGUGUCCAUGAAAUACAAAAUGUGACGUAUAUAAAAUAAAUGACAGUGCGUAAUAUAUAAAGA